GUGAGGUUUAUAAACCUUCAGAAAUAGCGAACCACUCAUUGUCAUCUUUCUCACUGAACUGAGUAAUCAUAUGCUCUUUUCCUCCUCAGGGUGUUUGAGAAUAUUCCUAGGGUAACUUGAACGACAAUCUAACAUCCUUUUCUUGGAAGACUCAAGAUUCUUCGAAAUGUGAACUGAUAAAUCUGGAUUGCGACAUGAGGUUAAGAAGGUCAAAUAACAGGAUCCUCUGCACUGAAAGGAAAGUCUCUAGAGAGGAUAUAAUACCUGUCUUCACCCAAAAGGCACUAGAGUUCCAAACCAGAAAGUUCAUGCAAAGCAUAUCCAACCUUGCUUGCCCCAGGUUUCUUCUCCUUCAAAUAAGCACCACCAUGUGGAUAGAUAAGGUAUUGCUCACAAAAAGGGAACACCUCAAAACAGACAUCUCAUGGAGAAUUUGAUGAAUCAGAUCAGGUCGAUAUUUACUGGUGCAGAGGAGGAGAACAGAGCUGAUCUGAGUGGCAUCAGGGUUCAGAAAAUACCCUCACAGAAAGAGAAGAAGGCCCAGAAUUGGUUCCCAAGGCAGUUUUUGAGAAAAAUGAGUAAUGACUAUGAUUCUCAAGAAAUGGAACACGCUACUGCAAUUACAGCUGCCGCAGUCGCCAUAACCUCACAAUAUUUCUCUGAACGGAAGACUAGUGAAGGCCCUGAGAGCUUAUUGACCAAGACCAAAAGCAAAGUUGGUGGUUUAUCCAGGAAACUCUCAGGUUCAUUCAACAAGGUGCCAAUAUUUCCGGUCACGGAUGAAGAAAAGCCGGAAAAGACUCUCACCCCGGCAUCAUCAAUGAAGAAAACUUCAGCUCCUAGUGACCAUUUCAAAGGGGAUGAUGAUAAACCUGAGUUCCCACCGCCAAGAAAGACCCAGUCUUUUGGUGAUUCGAACUUGAAGAAAACUGAAGAAACAAAUCUUGCGAUCCCACAAGCAAUUAAGUCUCCAUCUUCAAGGCUAAUGCCUCCUCCUCCUCCUCCGCCACCGCUGCCGCCACAACCACGAGGACCACAAGUGAGGAAUAAUUCCAUAAAGCCUGGCCCUCCAAAACCACCCACUCCACCAAGAAGACAGAACCCCAAUGAACAAAAAGCAGCUGCUUGGGAGAGAGAACAGCUUGAAGCGAUAAAAGAAAGGUAUGAAAGGUUGAAGGAGACAAUACAUGCAUGGGAAAACAAGAAGAAGGCAAAAGCCAGACGCAACUUGGAGAAGAAAGAGAUGAGGAGUUCUGAGAAGGAAAGGCGAAAAGCGUACACGAAAUUCCAGAGUGAUAUGGAAUAUAUUAAUGGGAUUGUUAGGGCUGCAAGUGCUGAAGCAGAAGAAAGACGAAAGAAUGAAGAGCGCAAAGUUAGAGAAAAGGCAGAAGUAAUCAGAACAACUGGCAAGCUUCCAGGAGCAUGCCCCUGCUUCUGAGAUCACCAAUUAUGUGCAGCAUCACUGGGGUUGGAGGAACAAGAAGCAACCCGUAAAUAUGUCUUUCAUUGUUUAAUUUACAAAUUCUUAACUAACAUCUGUUACGAAACGACAUGUCUUCGGAAUUCGGAUGAUUUUUAUCUUUUUAUACGAGGAAAGAAAAGCAAGUGCAACCAAAAAAAAAAAAAGAAAUUGUAAUAUAUGAUUACAUGUACUUUGAAAUUGCAAUAAUGUAGACAAAUACCGAGCUGCCUAAGAUAGAAUUUACAUAA